CCCCACCGGCCAACUCCCAACCGUCACAAAGCCGGCGGCUGGCGCUGUAAUCCCCGUUCACCGCUCACUUUGGCAGCGGCUAAGGGGGGGUCAGAGGGGAACGGAGAGCAAGAGCCGAGCGCUGGCGGAAUGAACCGAGAACACUGACCGGACAGCAGCACCCCCCCACUCGUUACCUUGCUGUGGUCAGAAGGGUGUGGGGGGCGGUGGAGAGAAGGAUCGUCGUGGGCUCUUCUGAGGAGACGACGUUUACUGUAAAUGGACACUGCUAUGGAUUAUGAAAGGCCGAAUGUUGAAACUAUCAAGUGUGUUGUUGUUGGGGACAAUGCUGUGGGAAAGACACGACUCAUCUGUGCAAGAGCAUGCAAUACCACCUUGACCCAGUACCAGCUGCUGUCCACCCAUGUUCCCACUGUCUGGGCAAUUGAUCAGUAUCGUGUCUGUCAAGAGGUGCUCGAACGUUCCCGCGAUGUUGUAGAUGAAGUUAGCAUAUCGCUCAGGCUGUGGGAUACGUUUGGUGACCACCAUAAGGAUAGGCGUUUUGCAUAUGGCAGGUCUGAUGUGGUGGUCCUGUGCUUCUCAAUUGCUAACCCCAAUUCCCUUAACCAUGUGAGAACAAUGUGGUUUCCUGAAAUCAAACAUUUUUGCCCACGAACACCUGUUGUCUUAGUUGGCUGUCAGUUGGACUUGCGUUAUGCUGAUCUCGAGGCUGUAAAUCGUGCACGACGCCCCUUAGCAAGACCAAUAAGACCCAACGAUAUUUUACCUCCCGAAAAGGGUCGAGAGGUAGCCAAAGAACUUGGGAUUCCCUAUUAUGAAACAAGCGUAUUUGAUCAGUUUGGCAUCAAGGAUGUGUUUGAUAAUGCUGUCAGAGGUGCACUGAUUUCUAGACGACACCUUCAGUUCUGGAAAUCUCAUUUAAAGAAGGUGCAGAAGCCUUUACUCCAGGCACCAUUCCUGCCACCUAAACCACCGCCUCCAGUAAUGAAAGUUCCAGAUAAUCCUGUGAGUGCUUUUAAACCUAGCCAUCUGCUCGACAAUCCACUGUGUACUGAUGUUAUGUUUGUACUCCAGAACCAGGUUAAAAUCUAUGCUCACAAGGUAUACCUGGCUACCUCAUCAUCAAAAUUUUAUGACCUGUUUUUGCUGGAUAUAACUGCUGAAUCUCAGACACACUGUGAGAAAAAUGCAAAAUCAGUGAAACUAGGCCAGGAGCAUUUAAUGAGAACUUUGAGCCUCAACACAGAUGACGACAGCAGUGAGAUUAGUGUCAGUUCAGCACAGUGCAGUCUGAGAACAUCCAAGAGUGAUGGCAUUUUGAAAAUGAACGUGCAUGAGGAUGAAUCUGCAGAAGUGAAGGGAACAAGGGCAGGAAGAUCUCUGACUUCAUGGAGCAAGGCCUUUAAUCAUAUUCAUGAAGAAGACCUUGAGAACCCUGUAACAAAGAGGAUGGGCUUUAUGACAGUGGUUAGGAUGGACCAUUCAAUCCAGCCAGGGCCUUUUGAAGCAGUAUUACGAUUCCUCUACACAGGAGAGCUAGAUGAAAAUGAGAAAGACCUGAUGAGAAUUGCACAAAUAGCAGAGAUUUUGGAAGUUUUUGAUUUGCGUAUGAUGGUUGAAAAUAUUCAAAAUAAAGAAGCCUUUAUGAAUCAGGAGAUCACAAAAGCAUUUCACGUCAGGAAAGCAAACCGAAUAAAGGAAUGCUUAGCAAAGGGAACAUUUUCUGAUGUGAUGCUUAAAUUAGAAGAUGGGAGUAUUAAUGGCCACAAGUCUUUGUUGAUUUCUAGCUGUGAGUGGAUGGCAGCAAUGUUUGGAGGGUCUUUUCAGGAAAGUUCAAACAAAGAGGUUUACUUCCCCACCACAAGCAAGGCUUGUAUGCAAACGGUUCUGGAGUAUCUGUACACCAGCCAAUUCUCAUUCAGUUCAAAACUUGACCCGAUUGAGCUGAUUGUACUGGCAAACAGGCUGUGCCUUCCACGUUUUGUGGCUCUGACAGAACAAUAUGCUGUGCAGGAGUUGUUGAAAGCAGUAAAAGAAGGUGAUGAUAUUGAUGGGGAGGUGUUAACAUACCUGGAACUUGCCCAAUUUCAUAAUGCACAUCAACUGGCAGCUUGGUGUUUGCAUCACAUUUGUACAAGCUACAACAGCGUUUGCUGCAAGUUCAGGAAAGAGAUAAAGGCAAUAUCUCCUGAAAACCAAGAGUAUUUUGAGAAGCACCGUUGGCCACCUGUGUGGUACCUAAAAGAAGAGGACCACUACCAACGAGUGAAGAAGGAACGCGAGAAGGAUGAGGUUGCUCUUCACAAGCAUCAUUCAAAACGCAGGUGGUGCUUCUGGCACCAUUCUACAGUUGCCUAAAACCUCCAGGAGAAACCAACUCUAGCAAUUAGCCAGAACAUCCUGUGCAUUAUUAGGUAGAUUAAAAACAUACUUGUCUUAACUCUGUUUACUGUAAAAAAAAAUAAGUGGCUGACUGUCUUGGGAUGAUCUGCCAUGUGUAUUUAAACAAUCAUUGUUGUGUUUGAAGCACAACCCUCUUGUCCAAAAAAACAAAUGCUUGCUGUAACAAACUGGUCCCAUGUGGUGCCUAUAGAUUGGUUUAAAAUACUUUUAAUAUAGAUUACCUGUCAACAAUGACAUUUCUUUUGUUGGCAAAAAGAAAUACCACUGUUGCGUUUUAAUUCAAAAUAAAAUAUUUAAUUAUUUUUGUACCGGUGUUGGCUAUAUACCUUUGUUGUAACCAAAGUAGAAUCAAAAGAAGUAUUUGUUUUUAGGGAACUUAAAUAAAUAGAAGGGCUUAGUAACUAAUCCAUGAAAGGAGGUGACUUACUUCUGUAUGGACCUAAACACAUACAAAUAACUAGGAGCAGUUUGCUGUUCUCUCUACAUGUAUCUUUCUGGUCACGCUGUUUUCUCUCACUAUAGUUAUCAUUAUUACUGCACAGUUUCUGUACGCCCCAAAUGUUAGCCUACAAAAUAAAACUGAAGCUAUGUGUUAUUUAACACUAAAGUUUUGAAGUGUUAGAGAUUGAUUGAAUUGGCAGUGAUUGAAUUGGAUUAUUUUGAGCGGUUAGAAAGUAAUGUACUAAAACAAAAGCAAACCUCUGUGGAUGCUGGAAAUCUGAAAUGAAAACAAAAAAUGCUGGAAGUACUCAGCCAGUCAGACAACAUUUGUGAAGAGAGACACAGAGUUAACAUUUCAGUUCAAUGACUUUUCAUCAAACCCUUUCAUCAAUUUGAAGGACCAUUGACCUAACACUCUAACUCUGUUUCUUACUCCACAGAUGCUGUCUGAUCUGCUGAGCUUUUCCAGAAUUUUCUGUUUCUGUUUAAUUAAUGUACUAAAGUUUUGUUCAAUCCUAUUUUUGCCAAAAGUUUUCUGCAUGUAACUAUAUUUCGUUACAUACGUAACAUCAAUUUACUGUGACUGUCAGCUCCUGGCCAAGUGGCUGGUUCACUUGGUUGCAGUUUCCUUAGCCUUCAAUCUUUGUGCUCAUUACCUUUCAUUUUUUACAUCAAUAAAAUUAAAUAAAUGUUGUGAUUGCGUCAUGGUAGAAUUAUAAUGUGAAAUAACACUUUUUUUUC